CCACCCGGGAUGUUAUUCCACUUACACCGAGUUGAACGAGCGCGCCAUGUCUCUACAGCUGCCUCAGUAAUUAGAUGACAAACAGCUCUGCGAUAUCAGAUAAAGAGGUGAUGGAGGGGUUAGAGGAAACGCGGUCCCGGCUCUGUGAGCAGUUUGCAACCGUCACCGGGUCGGACAGCGCUGUGGCUCAGUGUUACCUCGCUGAAAACGACUGGGACAUGGAGAGAGCCUUGAAUGCUUUCUUCGAAGCGGAUAUGGAGUCGGUUUUUGAAGUCGAGGACUCAGAGGAGAAAAAUGAUGAUAGACCUUCGAGUAAGAGAAAGGAGACUGAUCUAGAUGCUCCAGAGACAAAAAGGAAGAUGAACUCCAAACCAGCAGAUUGUAUCGACUUGACCGAGGAUGAGCCUGCUUGCUCGAAUUCAAAGUGCAGUUCGGAGGACGAAGGUGACGGCAAGCUCUCGCUCAUCUCCUGGAACGUGGAUGGCUUGGACACGCUGAACCUGGCGGAACGAGCCAGAGGCCUGUGCUCUUAUCUGGCACUAUACACACCAGACGUUGUAUUCCUCCAAGAACUCGUCCCUCAAUAUCUUCAGUAUCUUAAGAAGCGUGCCAACAGCUACCAGAUAGUUGAAGGAAAUGAGGACGGAUACUUCACUGCCCUGAUGCUGAAGAAAUCCAGAGUAAAACUGCAAAGUAGUGAAAUAAUUCCUUACCCAACAACGCAGAUGAUGAGAAAUCUGUUGCGUGCCAAAGUAAGUUUUUUAGGUCAGGAGUUCUGUUUGAUGACCUCACACUUGGAGAGUUGUAAAGAUCAGGCUGCAGAGAGGAUGAAGCAGCUGAAGGUGGUGUUGCAGAACAUCACAGAGGAGCCUGAUAACACCACGGUCAUUUUUGGAGGCGACACCAAUCUUCGAGAUUCUGAGGUAGCACUAGUGGGUGGACUGCCUCCUGGCGUGAUCGACGUGUGGGAGGAGCUCGGCAAACAGGAGCAUUGCAGAUACACAUGGGACACUAAAAUGAACAGCAACAAAGAUGUGCCGUACAUCAGCAGGUGUCGCUUCGACCGUAUCUACCUGAGACCUGCCAAAACGGAGGUAAAAGUGCGUCCGGAGCACAUGGCACUGGUCGGAAUGGAGAAGCUGGACUGUGGAAGCUACACCAGCGAUCACUGGGGAAUCUACUGCAGCUUUACCAGCUGAGUUUGGAGUCUAGGAAGAAGUCUAGACAUGCUUGAGUGAUGUUUUUUUAGCAAGACAGAUUGUUGGGUUUUACGAUUUUUCCCCUCAGCUUGAUCAGAACAUAAUGCAGAAGUGUUUCAUCACAAUCUGGCUGUUUGAUUGAUUUUACUGGUUUUGUAGCGUUCUUAAAAUUCACAGAGAAAUUGCAACAAAGAUUUAAGUGGAUUUAAACCUGUUUUAAAUUCUAACGCAUUUUUUGGGGGGGAUGUGCACUUGCUCCAGUUGAGCGAGUCACGCUACCUCUUUUAUCUCAGUUGUUAUUUACUGCACUUAGUCCUAGGCUUAAUCACACACUGAUGAUCUAGCAUGUCCAGAGGACUACGUUCACUGGGAACAUCAGUGUGUUCCAUCGUUAACGGUUAUAAAUUUGCCUGAUUACUAUUCUCAUGUUGUUGUUUUUUUUUUGUGUGUGUGUAUAUAUAUAAUUACAUAAAAACUUAAUAAACUAAAUGAAUCUAAUUUAUUUAAGCCUUACUGAGACAUUAUUUACAUCUAAUCAGCUGUCCAUUAUACCACAGUGCUGAUAAACUUGUUAAUCUGAUCGAUCAGAAAGUGUUGAGCAACUUUCUAUAACAAGGAUUAUAUUAAUGUGCUCAUUCUUUUCUGUAGUAAUAAUUUCCACAGGGACUCCUACAUGAUCAGAAUUAAAAGCCUCGUGAAAUUGUUGAUAUGGUGGAGUUUUCUGGACGAUUAUAGAAGGAGUCUUCAGCGUCGGAGGUAAAGCUGUAAGUUUUCUUCAGGACGGCCUUUUCAGCUUCCCGUUAACAACAUACUGUAGGGGUAUUGUGUGGCUUUUCAGUGCCUCCUGGAUUUCACCAUUUUGUGAUCACAGAAAUUAACGCAAAAUCAAGCAAACGUCACUAUAUUUGGAGGAGCUUACUUAAAAAGAGUGUACAAAAAAACAUUAAGCAGAACAAAUCCUCGCAUAAUCAUAACAUACUGAAUCAUUUUGCCUGCUUUUAUGAACAGUUAUAUAUUUCGUGUUUAAGAUUUUUUUUUUUAAAGUAUGCGUACUAGGUUACUAUUUCUUACUAUGCAUACUUUAUUCCUAACAUGAAAUAAAGUAUGCAUACUUAUUUAUUUUACAAAAACUGUGUGCAUACUUGCUUUUUUUUUUUUUUUAAUGCUGUAAGUUUUCCAACAGGAGGAAGUCUUAAGGAUGGAGGGUUUUUUUUUUUCUUUUCUUUUCGUUCUUUCUUUUUUUCAAAUAGUGCAACCACAAUCUGUUGGGCUGGGUUAUUGUUCUAUAAUGACUGGAAAAAGUGAGGCUGGUCAGGGAAUGACUGAUUUAUAGGAACUCUUAUAGUGAUUAAAGGAACUCUUUUCACAAACAUUCCACUUUAAGCAUCACUAAAACAGAUUUUAAAAAAAAAAGGUAUAAUGUGUUCUUUAAUAUAAUUCAUAAUCCUUAGGAAAUUGAUGUGGCACAAGAGGAAUGAAACACUUCGGGAUGUACUGUUACAGGGAAAUAAUCAACAUUGGGGUGGAACAAUCAC